AUGUUUGAUGCUAGUAAUAAAGGAAAUACGAAGAUGUGUCCAUUUUUUAUUCAAUAUUUAUCCACAACCCGUGUUAAAAAAGGAAUUGUGGUUUUGAUGAAUGAUGCUGAAGGGACAGCACUUAAAAUUUUUGCUAAUGCAUGUCAAUUAAUUGUCGAUAAUGAGUUAGAUAUUAAUGAAUUAGCAACCAUAGGAGCUGAUGAUACUAAUGUGAACGUUGGUGAAAAUCAUUUAGUAUUUUCUUUAUUUAAAGAUGAAUUACCUGAUAUCUUCAAAGAACAAUCUGUGUUAUUAUUUGACCAAGUUAAAGCAAUUAUAGAUACACAAAAUACUACAACAACAAAUAAUUGUAAUGAUGAUGAGGAAGAUGAUGAUAAUGAACAUUCAACAACAUAUAAAAUUGUUAGAAUCGACCAGCUAUGA